UAGAUCGGGUAAGAUAGGCUCUUUGCUAUCCGAUCUCGGAUCAGUGGGAUGUAUUGAAAUCACAUUUUAAGAGUUAAGACCGAAGAAGAUGAAAUUGAUUCUGCAUCAGCUGUCAGAGGCAAGGAAGUAACUAAAGAUACCAUAUGCUAUGAUCGGUUAUCUAAAUAAAUAUUACAGAAAAAUGAUCACAGAUAGCUAAAACAUAUAUGUUUAAUAUUUUUAAGGUUACAGGUAUUAGCUUGUGGUGCGAUAUUUUGCCUGGACCUUUGCAAUGCGGUAUAAAUAAGAGAGGAGUGCGCUUGGUACUUCCUUGUUGCAAGGUUGUCACAUGGCUAAAUAUGGCUGAUGAUCUCCACCGCUGGCUUCAGAUGUGCUUCGCUCCAUUUUCGCCGUCGUCUCACCGUCACUUACGCUUUCUGCAUAAAAUUUGAUUUGGAGAGGGUGGGACGCAGAGGAGGAGAUACCGCCUUCGGCAAGUCAGUAACACGGCACAUCUCUUAUUUUCUUGUUCGCGUUGCCGUAAGAUGACACAGUGUUGCUGAUCGUUUCGGCUAGGCAAUAGCGUUUAUUAAUAGCGUUGAAAGGAGAAACACGUACAGAUCACCUCACAGAUGGCGUAAUCGUAUAAGCGCUUGUUGAAAGGUCCGAGUGUGUUAUAUACAAUUUUUAAAUUCUGUAUUAUGCUCUACUCGUUACAGUGGACAUUGAACAUAGCGAAUAUGUAUGGAAGGGCAGCUGUCUCUUGACAGUGUUGAAAACAUGACUGGUGACUGCAAAAAGACAGCAGGAUAACUCUUUAUCCAUGCCAUCUACACAGAAAUAGAAAAUAUGAUUGGCUCCCCCGAUUUAGUGGCAUUUACCAAAGAAAAUGAUUUUGGAGAUGCCAAUGUAGAUCAUUCUCUGCUACCAGAGGAGUUCAACGUGCCUCCGUUCCCUUAUUCUGAAAAUGAAAAUCCGUGGUCAAAGACUUCUUAUGCGAAAUUUACCAAGGAUUUCAUUCUCAUCUCAGAGUUUUCCGAGCAGGUCGGCCCACAGCCUUUACUUACCAUUCCAGAUGGACCUAAGGUUUGUGGCACAUUUGAUCUCAAUUACUUCUCCCUGCGUAUCAUGUCUGUAGAUUACCAAGCCUCUUUUGUGGGACACCCUCCUGGAUGUAGCUAUCCAAAACUUAACUUUGUGGAGGACUCCAAAGUUGUGCUCGGGGAUUCAAAGGAAGGUGCUUUUGCCUACGUACACCAUCUCACCCUUUAUGACUUGGAAGCUCGGGGCUUUGUCAGGCCGUUCUGCGUGGCGUACAUUUCAGCCGAUGAGAGGAAGAUAAUGCAGCAGUUUCUAGAGCUGUCCGCUGAAUUCUCCAAAGCGUCCGAGUGUUUGAAGACUGGAAACCGGAAAGCUUUCGCAAAUGAGAUUGAAAAGAAACUCAAGGACCUGGAGUAUACCCGAGCCAUCCUACAUAAGGAAACUGAAUUGCAGAAACAGAGCAAUGGCUGCUUUUCCACUCAAGCAAUAGAAAAAGCGAAUGAGUUAGCCAACGUCGAAAAGUCUAUAUAUGAGCAUAAAGAUCUGUUGAGGCAAAUUACUUCCUACCCAAACAGAAAAAUGAAAGACCCCGACUUUCUUCCCUAUGAUUCAGAAAAUACAGUUGAGUCAACUGACUUGGGUCAGGACCCCAUGAAUGACUCCAAACCUCAAGGUCAGUCGGACAGCCCCGAUAUUAAACGCAGUCCCUCGUACACCCCUCAGCUCAUAAAGGCGAAAUCAGCUAAAUGCUUUGAUAAGCGCUUGAAGACACUCGAGGAGCUCUGUGACUUGUAUUUCUACCACCAAACUAUGGAUCAGCUAAAGCAAAUUGAGAAGACCUUCAGAGGAGAUCUUUGCUAUAUCUACACAAAUCAGAUAGGUCAAGCUCUGCUGAAGAAACAGAAAGUCACAAACUUCCUUUUUGAAGAUUACAGCAGCUGGGAGGAGGAAGAGACCGACAAGGACACUUAUAACGAAAAGGAUAAUUUGCUUAAUAAUCUACCUCCUCCUGCUUCCAUCCAGGCAGGUGAACCUGUGAGUCUUGAAUCCUUCGCUUCCUGUGUAGAAACCCUUCAUAUAAAAAUGGACCCAGGUGAUGAAGUAAAAGUAUUUCAGGAAGAAGACUCUACAGAAGCUUGUGCUUGUGACGUCGCACAGGGUCUCUCUGAUGAAUGUAUGGAUGCUAUGAUGAAAGGGAGUCUAAGCAGUGGUGAGAGCAUUGAAGUUCUUGGCACGGAGAAGUCUUUCAAAGCUCAGGGACCUCAGCUGAAUGAAACCGUCACGCAUCUUUCCCCACAUUAUCCGGUCACAGUCAGGAAAAGGAUUGUCACCAAGAGGGCCAAUAGUGAAGAUAGCAUUGAAGUCUUGAGCACUACAGAUUCCAUCAUACCCGAGGAUUUGAGAGCAUCCUAUCCUUGUGCUAUUUAUGAGGAAGACUAUAGCGAUACAGGAGAGGACUGCACGAACAAUAUGCACGAGCCAAUAUUCUCCAUAAAUUCAGACACCGUCGCCCAUAACGAAUGUGUUUACGAUGCAGCGACUUUGGUCCAAGUGGAUGCGACUUGCUGCAUGGGACAGGAGGGCCUUAGUUAUAGAGUGCCCGCCCCCGAGCUGGCACAGGAGUGCUCUGCCAACGGGGUGGUCAAACAGGAGCCGCAGUCUUGCCGCCAGGGGGACUUGGCACUGCAGGUGGAUUUUACACUCGAUGACGCAAGUAUAUCUGAUGGUCCUGUAUCUAGUAUCACCCCUUACGAGCUGAACCCCAACUGUCUGUCAGACGAGACCUCUAGGAUGACCCUGGACGAUUGCUCUGACAGCACCAGCUUUAUGAGCACCUCUACAUGCUCUGAUAGGACAAACCCGCCUUUUCUCUAUGGUAGUCCCAUUACUGUGAAGCAGAAGAAGAAAGCUGGGCAGUGUGCCCUGCGAUUUAUCCGACAGUAUCCCUUCGCUCAGCAAGCCAUACAUUGCCUUCUGAGUGGAAGACCUCUGAUCGUUUUGGGAAGUGAUGAAAGAACUGUGAAAAAGCUAGUUAGCGCUUUGUCCAUUUAUGUACCUAAUCUGGGCAAGUAUGGCGAAUCUGUGAAAGCAUGGCUGUCUUCUCCCUUCCAACUGACAGACCUGCAGAUCUGGAAGCUGAUUGGUAUUCACAAGGUCACCUCUCCAGCGGGGUUCAGCAUCCUCCACUCCCUGAAGCGCUAUGGCCGCUACAUCAGCAUCCUGGAUGCCGAUCAGAAGACCCUACGCUGCCCCCCAUACAGAGGAACGCUGGUGGAGCGUUUGGCCGACCACCGGACGCAGAUCAAGCAUGGCAGCACCUACUUCCUGCACGCGCAGAGCUCGCUGACGCAGCUCUGCGCCAAGGCCUUCCUGUACACUUUCUGCCACCACCUGCAUCUCUCCGUGAACCCCAGCGAGGACCAGGAAGUCGUGGCCGCUCGCAGGACGCAAUUCCUGCGUCACUUCAGCUGCGAUCCGGAGGACGGCAAGGUCUUGCAGUUCCUGUCUGAGCUCAUCAAAUGCCAUUACCUGCGAGGGCCCGGGAAGGGGGUCAACCCCCCCAUCUUUGGCUUUAAUUACGUUACCAGCGUCGUGUAUAAAAUAUAGAUGUGAGUAUGUCAUGUGUGCCGGGUUGCAUUACUGACCUAUUUGUUCUAAAGUUUUAUUUUCCAGUCAUGCUGUGGUAAGAAUGUCUAGAGACCUAAUGAAUUUUACAUGUUUUUUUUGUUUUUCCCAAAUGCCUGUGAAUGUGAAGUCUGAUGAACACGUUUGCCGUGAUUUUUCCUCUUGUACUUUGUAAGCUGUUAGUACUUAAUCUGUGUGUGUUAUUUGAGAGCCAUAUGAAUGGGAGAAUAGCAACUAAUAUACUGUAUUAUGAGCAAAAAUCAUAACCCCAACAGAGGGGUAUUUUGACUAAGAGAAUUUAAUCUCGAAAACAUGUUGUAUGAUGUUAACGUGCAUAUAUAUUUUAUCAAAGAAGGACUUUCAGGUUACGUGCUGUUUUUGUGCCACGAUUGUACAUGUGGUGUAGAAAUGACGUACCGAAUGCUCGAGGGGAUGCUGCUGACUUUUUUUCUGCCAAAACAGGUAUUUUCAUCUCGUUGGCAUUUUAUCACCAGAAAAUGUUCUGAGGGCUUAGGGCCACCGAGACCUUUGGAAUCAGUGACAUUUCCUGACAUCUUCUGAUGUUUUGUGAAUGAUUGUGCAAAAAAAAAAAAAAGAAACCUUGAGAAUCUUAACUAAGAACAUGAACUGGGAGCGGGGGAAGGAUGGAUGGGGAAUCGAUGGGAGUGGAACUGGGAUGUGCUUUAGCGUGGGUGAUUGGGAAAUGCUCAGAGCUGGCACGGGUCUGGCCCGGUUCUGCAGGAAUGCAGUGGCUUGCAUGAAACGACUACUCCCUCUGCUGUGGUGUGAUGAACACUAUUGCCUUCUGAUCACUUACUAUUAUGCAGAGAGAGCGAGCAGGAGAGACGCGUGCAGAGGCCAUGGUACCACACAGAGCUGAGUGCUCCAUUACGCUGCGGACAUCUCACCUGGCACCUGUUCGCAUUCGUUUCAGCUUUUUUUCCAUCCACUAGGAGAAAAUCACUGUGUCUGUAAACAAACACUAAUAAUCAGUUUAUCAUUUCUAAAGUGUCCGACGUUAAGGCUGAGUGAUGACUAACUACCGAAAUAUCUGAACAUGGAAACCAUUUUAGCUGCUGAUCUUUGAUGUCGGGGCAGACAGAUGAAUUAACCUAUAAGAAAAAAAUAUGGGGUUCUGGGUUAAGUUAUGAGUAUAAUCAUAGAUGGAAAUCAAUAUUCAAUCAGGGUCCUGGGUUCUGUGCAUGGUGUAAUAUAAAAAUGUCAUUGCAUGCUAAAAACAUAUUUUAUGAUGUAUGUAUAUGUGUGAGUCUGGGAUCAGCUAUCAUUAAUUCCACGUUAUCAGUUGUUUAUUUGAAUCAAUGCUAGUAAUAAUAAUUGUUGAACAUAAUAUGAUUAAUCAUCAUAACUUAAUAUCCUUAACAUUUAGCUGAUCCCAUUGUUUCUGAAAAUGAAUACGGUUCCAUUUGGCAAAUUCUCAUGUCUCAUAUAAACGUAGUGGCCUCUUAAUUUAUUGAGAGUGUUGUACAAAGCCAUGAGGUCCUUAAGCAACCACAGUGUUACAUAUUUACGCCAAAUGAUGUGAUUUCCGCCGGCUUCGAUUGGUGCCAGUGAUUAGGGAUGUGUGUAGGUCCACAUCCCAAAGGUGUAUGCUGCCUUCCAGAACAAAUCUUGUUUAAAAUGAUUGAAGCCGCCAUAGUGUUUUUUGCUUUUUGCAAGCGGUGGUUUUUAAUGUUAUUCUUUAAUAAGCCAUAAUGCAGUAAAGCCUUCGGGGGAAUCGGUUGGUCUAUGCUCUGGAUUUUUUAAAUGUACCCUUUUCAGAUUCAUUACCAUCAAACGCUGAUACUGGAUUGACAGCCCUGAAGUUGUUGAAGACCAACCACUCCAGUAAUCAGCUAUAUAUACUGUAUACCGACUCAUUUAUUUUGCAUACCUCAUAAAAUAUUUUUCCAGAUUGUCUGAGGUACUUUUCAAAAACUCAGAUCAUGUUUUCAGAGUUAAACGUUACAGGAUUUGUAGCUAAAAAUGAGGCAGACUGAUCUAAUGCCUCGUGAUCUGAUCUGUGUAUGCACGGUAUAUCCAUACUGCCUUUGUGUGUUAGUGCAUGUUGAUGUGAGUGUGAGGUACAGCGAGUGAGAGUCUGUGUGGUUAAAGUUCUUAUCGUUUGCUAAUUAUUUAGAGCAUUAAUAUGACAAACUGUAACAGUCUGUAUUUUCGGUAUUGAUUUUGCACAAAAAUUAAAUUCACAGAUUAUUUAUUAUUUUUCUUUUUAUCUAUGUACUGUUAAUUGUACACAGAAAAUUAUAUCUAAUAAAGAAAAUGGCAUUGAUACUGACA